CUUACCUGUCCCGUGACUGUCAAAGAGGAAGCAUCGGGGUCAUUUAUCUGAUACAGUAUAUUUCAAGUGUAUAUAGUAUUUACCUUCACAACAAAAUACUACCAAGACUCCAGAUUGUCUCCUGCAGCCUUUCAGCAGAGUCUCAUUGUUAUAUUUGUCCGAUAUGGCUGGACGAGGUAAGCUGAUCUCCGUGAUCGGGGAUGAAGACACCUGCACUGGGUUUUUGCUCGGAGGGAUCGGGGAGCUGAAUAAGAAUCGCAAGCCCAAUUUUCUGGUGGUUGAGAAAGAUACCAGCGUUACGGAGAUAGAAGAAACCUUCAAGGCUUUCCUGGCCCGUGAUGAUAUCGGAAUAAUUCUGAUAAACCAGUUCAUUGCAGAGAUGAUCCGGCAUGCCAUUGAUGCCCACACACAAUCAAUCCCAGCUGUGCUAGAGAUCCCGUCCAAGGAGCAUCCCUAUGAUGCCUCCAAAGACUCCAUCCUGCGCAGAGCUAAGGGCAUGUUCUCUGCUGAGGACUUCCGAUAAAUCCACAUGAAGCACUGCAGCAGGCUGGGCAGGACUAGUUUAAGUUAAAUGUGGAGGAGGAAGAAACAGUAACUAUGUGACAGCCAUUUGCCUAUUUGUCUCUUCCAGGUGUCAUUCCAUAAAAGGGUAACUAGGGAUUUGGUGUGGAGGUUGACAUUUCAGCAUAAUUUAUAUCAAAGACCCAAGUUAUGAUUUUCGUUUUUAAAGUCUAGAUCAUAAUGCAUGCUACAGACGGGUGAUCCUUUUUCACAAAAAUUCAGGUUCUUUAGCUUAAACAGGUUCUGCUUCAUCCACAUGCAGUCCUCUGCCUUGUAUCUUUCCUCUAGAUUGUCUUUCUCCCAGCACAGGCAGCCCACAGAGAAUACCUGAACACAGAUACCCCUCAGGCCAGCACAUGCAAGCAGACAAGGCUACAAGGACUCACUGAAGUGGUUUACUGCUCCCAGAAUGGAAUUGCUAGCAACAUUACUGAUAAGAGGAAGUCUAGUCAUGAGGUGGAAAAUGAUUGUAUUUCUGUAAGAGUUCCUGUUCUAGCAUGGGCAAAUGGGCUGGUGAAGGAACUCAUGAAUUGCCACCAUUCAAUCUGUCACUACCCUUUUCGUCAUCGUUCCAACAUUUGUCUGACUUUAUUUUCACAGAUAAAUUUGAGAAAUGACCAUGUAUGUUAGAUCAAAAAAUGAAAAAUAAAUAAAUAAAAAACCCAGUGGCUAUAUUUACUAAGCAGAUUUAUUCUGAAUAAUUCAAAUGAUUAUAACAUUAUGUUUGCAAAAUAAACUGGCAUGUCUAGCAUAUUUGUUCUUACUAAUAUUAAGAUUUUUUGAAACUUCAGAACAAGACAUUGUACAAAGUGAUAUACCAUCUUACAGUGCAUUCACUGUAUACAUUUUGGGUUUGCAGUUACAUGGCUGAGGUUGUUUGUAUUUUCAGACUUUAAUGAAGGGCUGCCUGUCUUUGAAGACCCCAAUACAAAUAAUUUAUUCCCUUAAAACAAAAGAUUGAUGUUAAAAAUAAACCUUAUUGAGUAUGUUGUGUUGUAACUGAGUUUGUGUGGUUGUUACCAUUCCAGAAAAUGUUAUUUUAUCUGUUGAUAAAUGACUAGAAACAAAA